AUGAACAACGACGAAGAUAUUAUGAGGCUAUGGUCGGAGAACAACAGAGAAGGAGAUAGAGAGAACGCAAGGCGAAAGAGGCCAGCUGAGUCUAGGAGAGAAAGAAAGAUGACUCGGGUUAAGCGACAGUGCGUGUCCAAGAAAUCUCAUCAUAACUUGUCGGAGAAGAAACAGCGGGAUAUUAUAAGAAGCAAACUAGAAACACUGAAGCAAAUAACACCCAAUUGCCUUAAGUCGGAUAUCAGCUCCAUCCUUGAUAGUGUUAUCGAGUAUAUGAACAGCUUGCAGUUUGCAGAUUUUCUUACGGUUUUACAAAACUCCGUAUGA